CGGCUACCUGAAUGGGGAGGGGGCAGACAGCGCGGAGCGCGGUGGCGUCGACGUCUGGUGUCUUCGUGCGCCCGUCUGUGGCUAGGCAGCCAGCAACCAGGCGGCUCUCAACCUGCGGCCAGGCAGCCAACCAUGCUCAACUUCGGCGCUUCUCUCCAGCAAGCCUCGGAGGAAAAAAUGGAACUAAUUUCUGAAAAGCCAAAAGAGAACGUACAUCCCUGGCACAAAACCGAGCAGAGCGACUUCGAGGCUGUGGAAGCACUCAUGUCCAUGAGCUGUGACUGGAAGUCCCAUUUCAAGAGAUACCUCGAGAACAGGCCCGUCACACCAGUGUCCGAUACCUCAGAGGAAGAAGGCCUGCCCCCAGGCACGCCUGACCUUCAUACAAUUCCAGCUUUUUGUUUGACUCCACCUUACAGCCCCUCUGACUUCGAACCCUCCCAAGGGUCAAAUCUGACGGCACCAGCGCCAUCUACUGGCCACUUCAAGUCACUCUCCGAUGCGGCCAAGCAGCCAGGUCCUGCUACGCCUUUCAAAGAGGAAAAGAGUCCGGUAGCUGCCUCCCCGCUCCCUAAGGCUCAAGCAACAAGUGUCAUCCGUCACACGGCCGAUGCCCAGCUGUGGAACCACCAGUCCCGCCCUGUCGAGGCAGCCAGCGUCCUCAGCUAUCAGGACAAUUCCUUCCGGAGAAAAACCCACCUGAAUGCCGAGGCUCUGAAAAAGAACGUACCCUGUGCAGCCGUGUCACCAAACAGAUCCAAAUGUGACCCAAACGCGGCAGCACAUGGUGACGAGAAGGCUGGUGCUGCACUGUAUGACUUUGCCGUGCCUUCCUCAGAGACAGUCAUUUGUAGGUCUCAGCCAGCUCCAGUGUCCCCGCUGCAGAAGUCAGUACUGGUCUCUUCGCCCACAGUAGCCGCCCGGGGUGUGCCACCCAUGCCUGUCAUCUGUCAGAUGGUUCCCCUUCCUGCAAGCAACUCUCUUGUUACCACAGUUGUCCCCAGCACCCCACCCAGCCAGCCACCAGCUGUCUGCCCACCUGUGUUGUUCAUGGGCACCCAGGUGCCCAAGGGUACCGUCAUGUUCGUUGUGCCCCAGCCCGUUGUGCAGAGCCCCAAGCCAGCUGUGAUGAGCCCCAAUGGCACCAGACUGUCCCCCAUCGCCCCUGCACCUGGAUUCUCUCCUUCCACAGCAAGAGUCAGUCCCCAGACUGACUCAUCCAGGGUACGCAGCCACGUCUGCAGCCACCCAGGCUGUGGCAAGACUUACUUUAAAAGCUCCCAUCUGAAGGCCCACGUGAGAACACACACAGGGGAAAAGCCUUUCAGCUGCAGCUGGAAAGGCUGUGAAAGGAGGUUUGCUCGAUCCGAUGAACUGUCCAGACACCGGCGGACCCACACGGGGGAGAAGAAAUUUGCCUGUCCCAUGUGUGACCGGCGGUUCAUGAGAAGUGACCAUUUAACCAAGCACGCCCGGCGCCACCUAUCAGCCAAGAAGCUCCCAAAUUGGCAAAUGGAAGUGAGCAAGUUAAGUGACAUCGCUCUACCUCCAACGCCUGCUUCCACACAGUGACGGGCCAGAAGAUGAAGAGUCAGAACUCAUUUCGGUCAGAGUCAGGAGCCAGUGAUGGCGUCAGAAUGCUUCUGCGAGUCUGUUGCCCCCAGCAGGGGCUGCAGCAGAAACCCCUGGCCUGAGGGGAAGGCCCAGCCUGGGUUAGAUGAAGUUAGAAGUCCUUCAGCCACAGGCAGGUCAUAGAAGGGGCAGGUUUUGCUUCUUACCACAUAAAGAGAUGAGAAUGCUUCUGUUCCUUUGAAUAGCCUGGAAGGGUUCAGGCGAGGUGAGCACAGCGCAGGUUUUGAGUCACGUACACGGCGGGUACUUUGUUUUUGCUGUUUAUACUUGAGACCAGCUUUGCGGUGCGGUUUCAAGGACGUUGAGGCUGGAAGUUACGGUACAGAAAUGGCGCUAGAACAUGGGUUUGUGUCACACAGGACGUCAUCUUCUCCUAGGGCUAUCUUGUUUAUUAUUCCUAGUCUUUCAGUCAGCUCCGUGGGUGUAGUUAAGUAUAUCUGAAACUAUCAUUUCCCCACUAUUGUUGGUGUUUGAAGUUGAACAGCUG